GAACGUCAACGUUGUGUCCACAACCACUGCCUCGUUACCUUGACCCUUACAACGUUGGUAAAAAUUUCGUAACGCUUGCAAGUACGUCAAAUCGCGUUUUCUAUGUAGUCGACGGGCCUUCGGACCAACUGUCUAUCCCGGCUUGAGACGACAAAACAUGGACUGGACCGUGAGCAGUCGGGCGCUGGUGUGGUGCAUUCUGGCGUUGCUUUACUGCGCUGCUUUCCCACAAAAGGGGUUGAUUAGUGCCAGUACAGUGUCUCUUCCUGAAAGCCUGCUCUUUGUGUCCACCCUGGAUGGAAACCUGCACGCUGUUAGCAAAAAGUCCGGCUCUAUCAAAUGGACCCUGAAAGAAGAUCCAGUUCUUCAGGUCCCCACACACGUUGCAGAACCUGCUUUUUUGCCCGAUCCCAACGAUGGCAGCCUGUACUCUCUGGGAGGAAAGAACAACGAAGGCCUCACAAAAUUGCCGUUCACGAUCCCUGAGCUGGUCCAAGCCUCUCCGUGUCGCAGUUCCGAUGGAGUCCUUUACAUGGGUAAGAAGCAAGACUUGUGGUAUGUGGUGGACCUGCUGACUGGUGAAAAACAACAGACCCUGACCUCAUCCUUUGCAGAGAUGCUAUGUCCCUCUUCAUCGCUACUAUAUCUGGGUCGCACAGAAUACACCAUCACCAUGUAUGACACAAAGAGCAGAGAGCUGCGCUGGAAUGCCACCUAUUCCGACUACGCCUCCACCUUACCAGAUGAUGACACCAAAUACAAGAUGGCACAUUUCGUGUCCAAUGGCGAUAGCCUUGUGGUGACGGUGGACAGCGACUCUGGAGACAUUCAGUGGGUCCAGAACUACAACUCUCCAGUGGUAGCCAUGUAUAUCUGGCAGCGUGAGGGCCUCCGGAAAGUUCCACAUACUAAUGUGGCUGUGGAAACCCUGCGUUAUCUGACGUUCAUGUCCGGCGAGGUUGGCCGCAUUACCCAGUGGAAAUACCCAUUUCCCAAAGAGAAGCCCCAGAAUAAGUUCAUGGCCACUUUGUAUGUGGGUAAAUACUCCACCAGUCUGUAUGCGUCUCCCUCCCUAGUGCACGAUGGAGUCACUGUGGUGCCUCGUGGCAGCACCUUCCCUAUGCUUGAGGGGCCUGGUAGCCAGGAGACUGAGGAGGACAAGGAGUGCGUCAUCACACCAAGCACCAAGUUCAAUACUGCACUUCGGGAGAAAAACCACAUGAAUUUCAUGAAAAACUACCUCCUCCUUAUAGGUCAUCAUGAGACGCCCCCUGAAGCUCACCAUAAGAUUCUGGAAAGGUUCCCAGAUAAUUUCCCUCGCAACCAAGCCAACGUCAUCCCACCCACCACUGAGAAGAAAGUAGAGGAGAAGGUGAAUAAUGAUAGUGGUAUGGAUGAGGGCCCCCCUCUCCCUCUUCCUGAAACAUCCAUCGAAGAACCUGAGGUCAGUGGUCGCACCGUGCGUCCAGAAGCCCCUGUGGACUCGAUGCUCAAAGACAUGGCCACCAUCAUCCUCUCCACCUUCCUCCUGGCUGGCUGGGUGGCUUUUGUGGUUACCUACCCUAAAAGUGUGCACAAGCAGCAGCAGCUGCAGCAUCAGGAGUUUCAGAGACAGAUGGAGGAGAAGUUGGAGCUACUUCAGAGGCAGCAGCCGUUUCCCCCUGUGGAUGCCGGCCUUGGCCUGGCCCCAGACACAGACUACCUGGAGGUGGCCCACACGCGCUCUGACUGUUCGGACCACAGCAGUCCCAACGUCACGCCCCGAGCAUCCAACCACUCCAACUUGUCUGGGAUGGAGCUGGGCUGUUCAGCAAAUGAACAUGAAGAUGGAGAGGAUGACUCGAGUGUGGUGAAAGUGGGCAACGUCACUUUUAAUCCAAAGGAGGUCCUGGGCCAUGGAGCUGAAGGCACCAUUGUGUACAAGGGUCAGUUUGACAACCGCCCCGUGGCGGUGAAGAGAAUACUCCCAGAGUGCUUCAGCUUUGCUGACAGAGAGGUCCAGCUGCUGAGGGAGUCAGAUGAGCAUCCAAACGUCAUCCGCUACUUCUGCACAGAGCGGGACCGUCAGUUCCAGUACAUCGCCAUUGAGCUGUGUGCCGCUUCGCUUCAGGAGUAUGUGGAGAAGACUGAUUUUGAUCGUCAUGGACUGGAGCCAGUUAUGCUUCUCCAGCAGACCAUGUCAGGACUGGCUCAUCUGCAUUCUCUCAACAUAGUCCACAGAGAUUUGAAACCUCAUAACAUCCUGGUAUCGAUGCCCAAUGCCCACGGUCGGGUCCGGGCCAUGAUUUCAGACUUUGGCCUGUGUAAGAAGUUAGCAGUGGGCCGUCACAGUUUCAGUAGGAGGUCCGGCGUCCCAGGCACUGAGGGCUGGAUCGCCCCUGAAGUUCUCGGUGAGGACUGCAAAGACAACCCGACCUGCACUGUUGAUAUCUUCUCUGCUGGUUGUGUGUUUUACUAUGUGGUGUCGCAAGGAAGUCAUCCUUUUGGCAAGUCCCUGCACAGGCAAGCGAACAUCCUACUGGGCAGAUACAGCCUUGACCAUCUGCAGACUGACAGACAUGCUGACAUUGUCGCCAAGGAUCUAAUAGAGCAGAUGUUGAGGGUGGAUCCUCAUAGCAGGCCUUCAGCUGAGUGUAUCCUCAAGCACCCUUUCUUCUGGAGCCUGGAGAAGGAGCUACAGUUCUUUCAGGACGUGAGCGACAGAAUUGAAAAGGAACCGCUUGAUGGACCAAUAGUGAGACAGCUGGAGAGGGGUGGGAGGGCUGUCGUCAAGAGUGACUGGAGGGAACACAUUACAGUGCCACUGCAGACUGAUCUGCGGAAAUUUCGCUCCUACAAGGGCGGGUCAGUCAGAGACCUUUUGCGUGCAAUGAGAAACAAGAAACAUCAUUACAGAGAGCUCCCUGCUGAGGUACAGGAGACUUUGGGCUCCAUCCCUGAUGACUUUGUCUCGUACUUUACGUCUCGAUUCCCACACCUCCUGAUGCACACUUACCUGGCCAUGCGGACCUGUGCACCCGAAAGGCCAUUCCUGCCUUACUAUUCCGCUGUGGAGCCCUUUGCAACAAUAGCGUCCCAAUACACGAACUCAGGCCCACAGAAACUAAAUGAGUCAUGCUCUGAACAUCUGUCAACACAGACAUCCUCGCCCUCAUUACAACCCCAGGAACCUACACAUCCAUCACAGCCAGUGCAGGUCUGUGAUGAAUCGGUGCCCUCUACAUCACCAGAUGAGCCUGUAUCAUCGCAAUUGCCAAUUCAGACGGUACUACCAGUGCUGCUUGCACAGACUGACUUUCAUAGUCAAGCCUCAGACCCCACAAUUGCCUCAGAAUCGCCUACAGUUCCUCUCAGGCAAAAGGAAAGCGUUCAGUCACUAACGCACACAUUGCCGGAUCCUCCUGCACAUGACCAUGAACCAGUGUGAGCUGAACCAGAGUUGGGUGGACCAAGCACAGAUGGCAGCAUUGCCUUAAUGAGUGGAGGCUCACUGGGUCUCAGAUGCUGCUCUGUUGGUGGGGACCAGGCCUGCAGUGCCUGGGAUCUACUGCCAGGUGUAGCAGCUAUACCUGGAUUCAGUGCCUUCUGCUCACCUGAGUUAAAAUGUUCCCAAUCCGUCCACGUGUCUUUUUGCCUAGACAAAGGGUGUUGGUGAACAUUUUGUUGUAGCUGGACUGAGCAGAUCUUUUUAUUUUCUAAUGGCGUGUUCCAAAAAAGUGUCAAACUGUCUGGCCGCUAUUGUGGGGAAACAUGUCUGGUUGUUGUUGUUAAAUGCUUGGAUAGUUUUAUUGUGCAAUGAUGUAUUUCUGAGUGAACCUGUUCACUGCACAGAUACUGUAUGUAUAUUUUUGUAUAGACUGAAUAAUCAUUUAAUGUGGUCGACGUGCCUUUUUAAAACUUAUAUUACUGUGCUGUAAAGGCACAGCUCUUUAAAUUGACUAUGCUAAAACACCUGUGCUUGAUUCCAGUUAAUGCUGCUAUACUGCUUCUGUGUCAAUCAAGACUAUUAUGUUGACCGUUCCAAAGGCUGUGGCAUCAGACUAUAGUAGGUAAUUUUAUCCUCAUGUAAUUAUGUAGUCAAAUACAAGUCUGAAGGUCAAGCUGCAGGAUGCUCAUAUAACUUUUCUAGGGUGUCAAAGUGAGGUUAAUGACUUGCACAUUAAAUUCUUUUUUUUUUUUUUAAUAUAUAUCAUACCAAGAUUGUUUUUUGAGUUUUUAACUGUGAUGUAUCUCAACCAGGGAUCAGCAAAAUGUAAAACAGUAACUGAAAGAAAAUAUAAAGUUAAAAUAACAAUGAAA